AGUUACCGGCCUGUUAUUGGCUGACUCAGCUGUCACUCAAAGGUGUCUACGAUCCUAUUGGCUCGUUGUACAACCAGUGUCUGUGUUCGAUCGUUAAAACUUCCGGGCGGUAAAAGUGAGCGGGGCUCGUCUGUCCCGCCCCACUGUCUGAAGCUCCACCUUCUCCGGGACGUGACGGUUGUGGUGAUGGACGACGCCCCCUACAGACAGGAGGAGGACUCGUCUGCCCUUGAUGUGGUCGGUGUGGGUGUGUGUGACUCCGCCCCCCUGCUGUGGAGGAUGGAGGACCUGAAGACAUUGAGGAGUCAUGGCCUGGUGGGGGCGCUGCUGGGUUCACUGCCCCGGACGCCCCGACAGAACGGACGCCUGGGACGACCCCUUCGACUGCUGCCAGAGGAGGAGAGACAGCUGAGCGAGCAGCACGCCGCCGCCGCGCUACCCUCCGGUAACCAGCAGGAUGGAGGAGGGGUGGAUCUCCUUCGGCAGGUGGAGCAGCAUGAGGAGGAGCAGAGGAGGAGCUAUGAGGUGCAGAGUGUUCUCGCUCUGGAGGAAAGGAAGUCAGCACUGCUCCGAGCAAUGACCUCAUCACACACAGAUUCAGCCUCUGGUCCUGGGACCUCAGAUGAGGCCCUGCGGGGCCGCCUGGAGGCCCUGGACCACAGCUUUACCUUCCCUUGUGCGGCGCUGGCGGUCCAGCUGAGCACGUCGAGGGCGGGCUUGACCUACUGCCCAGUGGACCGGGCUGUCCUGCGGGCUGACUGGCCAAUCAGGGCGCAGCCUGACACGUGCGGUGACGUCAGGUACCAGGUGUUCCGAGACUUAAGGGGGCGGGGCUUCUACCUGACCUCAGCAGGGAAGUUUGGAGGCGACUUCCUCGUUUAUCCAGGUGACCCUCUUCGUUACCACGCCCACUUCAUUGCCAUCUGUCUGUCUCUGGAUGAGUCCGUGUGCGUGUUGGACGUCCUCGCCGUGGCUCGUCUGGGAUCCAACGUGAAGAAGACGGUGCUGCUGUGCUCGCCAGGGACGGACGGAGCGGUGCGGUACACGUCGUUACAGUGGAGCGGGAUGGUGUGAAGACAUGGAUCAGGUGUGAUCCAGAUACAGCAGCAGGUUACAGGUGUGACAGGAAGUGAUUCGAGGCUCGGAGUGUGUCCAGCAGGGGGCACUUGAAGUUUUUACCAGAAAAAAACGUCUUCAUUGAUGAAAACAUGUGAUGCCGUGUUUACGACAUUUCAUAUUGAUGACAUCAUGUCAAUGAAUCAUGUUAUUGAUUCUGAUAGUUUCAUUGAUGCAGCUUUAGUUUCUCAAUCUAGUGUUUGAUGUUAUUUCCUUUUUAAUUUUUUCAAUGAAUGAUAAUAAAGAUAAAAUUGACUGACA